AUGGCGCGCCUCAAGGACACGUCGAAGCAGAGCGCUCGCAAACCCCCCUCACCUUCCUCAGACGACGACGCAGCAACCCAGCAGCUCCUCACCGAAUCCCAUUCCCCACUCGCAGACUUGCCCGCACCGUCCGCGGUCCUCGGCGCAAACCUCCUCAACGCAGCGCGCAUAAACCCUCCUAGCUUUCCAGAGUGGAAAGGGAAACAAGGUCAGGGAAAACUCAAGCGGGUCAGCCUGAAGAGGGAUGAGAGCUCAAAACAGAAUCUAGCGGUCAGAGGUGACCCGUACGAGAUUGAGCUGAGCCCUGAGAAGGGCAAAUAUGCAUUGCCAGAGAAGGUCAACCACAAGCCCUUGAAGAUCCUUAAGAAGAAAAAGAAGAAAGGCAAGGCGAAAACAGUGGACUUAUCGAGUGAUGCUCCUGUAGCUUCGUCGGAUCUUCCGGUGCAGACCGAAGGUGGAUUGCAGGUGGAUCCCGAAGAGCUGGUAGAGAAUUUGGCUCUGCCUGGAGACCUGGUAUCAGCAGAGACUGUCCUACAUUCCUCACCGCCUCGACUCGUUCCGUCGCAAAGCGAUACCGUAGCCGUCGAUAACACUCGUCACGAAACACCACCCAGUGUGGGCGAAAGACCGUCUGAUGCGCUAGAACAUCUUGCCAACACACGAGCAGUAUCGAAACGGAAAUCAGAGUCGGAACACGGUGAUGAUAGACCUGCGAAAUGUCAGAGAGAACAGAGGCAAACGACUGCGGAAUCAGUCUCAUCAAGGAAGGCUCAUCCACGGUUCCGAAUUCCGGUCCGGCGGAGAUCGCAAGAGCAGAGCACCACAGAGAAGGUGGAUCACAGUAACCACGAACAAGGAACGCAAGAAAUCGCCGACGAUCCUGUACAAGAGAAAGGCUCACGUCCAAAACGUGCUGCACCAAAACUAAAAUCUCGAAGAAAACUUAACAAUGAUACUACAGUGACCAGUCAGCCGUUACCGGCCAGGAAGCGAGGACCCCAGAUCCACGCAAAACCAUCCAAGAAGGCUACAGAAAUAGCCAAUGUCGUAGAGAUCGAAAGCGCGUCUGGAAGUGCCCAGUCCGAUAACGAGUCUGAGCGUGAGCCGGACGCAGAGAGAUCUGAAAGCAUUUCGGAUGACGGUCACCAAACAGUACGUCCUACAGGACAGCCUGGAAGCAUUGAAACCGUCCUUGAGUUCCUCAACCUUAAGCCACGGCCAGGCAAGUGUGAAACUAAGAUCGCUACUUCGAUCAUCCAUAAAUGCAACGUACAUCGCACCCACCUUCAGGAUAGCGAUAUACCGACGGAGCAAGUUGCUGAAGAUGUCAAUGAUUUACAAGAAAUGCUCAGGCAAAUUAACACUCGUGUCAAAGAGAAAGACCAGCGCGCCUUCAAAGGUGACGCGUAUGGCCAUGUCUUCCGUGCUAUCAUACUAUACCUCGAAGCACUAUAUAUUUGGCUAGACGAGAACGACGGUGCAGUGGCCGACUCACUAGGCGCUUUACGGAUACUGUCACCCUUGAUACGCCAGAUACUGGCGUUCAAAGACACGAUUGCAGAUUGGAAUGUCUUUGUUCCCAAGCACUUCAAGGGUGAUAGAAUUAUCAAAGACGUGGAUAUCAGUCUCAUUGCCCAUCUUCGACAUGUAGACAAGACAUAUCGCAGAUGUCUGAGUAGGCUUGAAGCCACGGAACAACAUCGCAAGCAGCAAGCAGAACUCGAUCGCAAGAUGAAAGAGCAGAAGGAGGAGGAAGACCGGAAGACCAUGUCUCUCGAGGCGCAAACGCAGCGGUGGAAACGUUGGCAGGAUCUACAUAUCAAGCGCAUGCUCUGUGAAACUGAUCCGCAUAGAAGACUGAAGUUGGCCAUCACAAGGCUCGAAAACUUGGAAGAAAAAGAUGCCAACGGUGUCGUUUUCGAGCGGCUGCCGGUCUUUACGUCUCGGUCUGCUCCUCCACAUCGACAAGCUUCGACAUUGGACGACAGUCAAGAAUGGACUGAACAAGAAGAGACCGCUUUACUCGACGGCUUGAAGCGUUAUGCUGGUCCACAAGUUUUCGAGAAGAUCUUCACAACGUAUUGCAAGCCUAAUUCGUCUCGUCCGCUAGGUGGAUGUUUGCGCGAACGGAGUGUCGCAGAGAUUGUUACGAAAGCAGCGCAAUUUCGAUCAAACUUGCAGAAGUUAUAUCAAGAUAACGGCUGGGUAGUGGAGGACUGGGUCACAAAGAUUCCGGUGAUGCCGUAA